CUGGCUCUACCCGUCAAGGAGAGAAGCUGGCCAGCUUCUACUUUGUUCAAUCAUUCAAUUUGGCAAGAAGGCGCCCCUGGUGAUGCUGUGAUUGGAGCGAAUCUGUUGCCUUCCAUCAGGAGCAUGUACUGGGGGCCCUCUUUAGCGACCCUGAGGUGCGCCAGUCUGAGCCCUCCACCAACAAGCCUCACCUGGGGAGAUUUUAGUGGGCGUCUGAGAACUCUGCUUACAACAAACCUCAUCAUCUUUCAGAAAUGGUGGAACGUCCUUACAUCCAUGAGGAUGAAGCCUCCCCAGGAGUCACUGCACACUUCUGGACUCUAAGCUUCUCUCUUGGAUGGAGCGCUCCCCGAGACAGCCUGCAGGAGGGCACGCAGGACGCCCUUCAAAUGUGGGGAGGAGUGAAGAGAGAAUGGCAGAGUGAUGAGUGGUGGCCUGUGGAACUGUCUCUGCCCCAUGUGAAGGAACCCAUGACCUUUGAGGAUAUAGUUGUAGACUUUGCAAAGGAAGAGUGGGCCUUGCUGGACACAUCCCAGAGGAAACUUUACAGAGAUGUGAUGCUAGAGAACAUUAAUCAUCUGGUCUCCAUUGGUAAAGAAGGUGACUUUAAACAAGAAAUGACAUCCAUGCAACACAUCUGUCAGAAGGACACAUCCAUUGUGGGCACAAUGGUAUCUUAUAUUCAAGAAGAUCCUUUUGAAUAUAAUAAUUUGGGAGAAUAUUUUAUUGAUCAUAUAGCAUUGACUCAAACUAUGAUAACUUACAUGGGAAAGAAACACUACAUGACCAAAAAGUUUGUGAAACCCUUCAGUGACUGGUUAUUUUUUAAUCAGUAUAAGGAAAUUCAUACUAGAUGUAAAUCAUAUCAAAAUCAUCUGUGUGGUUAUCUUUUUAAUCAGAGCUCUUCCUUUAAAAAACACAGUAAGACCCACACUGGAGAGAUAGCAUUUGAAUGUGAUGUGUGUGGCAAAACUUUCAGUAAAAGUUCUAAUCUUAGAUGACAUGAGAUGAUUCAUACUGGAGAGAAACCACAUGGAUGUCAUCUGUGUGGAAAAGCCUUUACUCAUUGCUCUGACCUUAGAAAACAUGAGAGAAUUCACACUGGAGAGAAACCUUAUGGGUGUCAUCUAUGUGGGAAGGCCUUCAGUAAAAGUUCUAACCUUAGGCAACAUGAAGUAAUUUACACUAAAGAGAAAACACAUAGAUGUCAUCUGUGUGGGAAAGCAUUCACUCACUGCUCUGACCUUAGAAAACACGAGAGAACCCACUUUGGAGGAAAACCCUAUGGAUGUCCUCUAUGUGGGAAAGCCUUCAGUAAAUGUUCUUAUCUUAGACAACAUGAGAGAACUCACAAUGGGGAGAAGCCAUAUGAAUGUCAUCUAUGUGGAAAAGCCUUCUCUCAUUGUUCUCACCUUAGACAACAUGAGGGAACUCAUGAGGGAGAGAAACCACCUGGAUUUCAUCUGUGUGGGAAAGCCUUCACUGAAUCUUCUGUUCUUAAACGAUAUGAGAGAAUUCACACUGGAG